AUGCUAGUGGAUCCUAACAAGCAUCCAUCUUUUUGCAAACUAUUAUUCAAACAAGGUUUCAUGGAUAAAAUACUCAUGCCACAUAUUUUCAUCAAAGAAAACAAGAAAUUGUUGGCCAAGACUUGCUUAUUGAAAACAAAUGUAGUUGGAAUGUCGUGGGAAACAAAGAUCGUGAGAGAAAAUUCCAACUACUUCAUAUGUGAAGGAGAUUGGCCACAAUUUGUGGUGCAUCAUAAAUUGGAGCUAGGAGACAUUUUGAUCUUUUUUCUCAUCGAUAAAUCAACGUUCCAUGUCCUGCCUUACUCUCAGAAAACAUUCAAAAACUCUAGUGGCAGAGGAGCAUUUCAGGAACUAACCAGUUCUCCGGAAGAGGAACAUGACGUUGGAAUCACUACGAUGAAAAUGAAAAUGGAGCAAAAAGAAUCGUCAGGUGUUGUAAAAAAAGAAGAAGCUGAGGGCGGAAAAGAAGAAAAUGUUCCAAAGACGAGCAGAUUCAGUGUGAUCAACAUAAACAAUAAAGAUCCGUACUUUGAAAUGGUUGUAAGAAAGACAUUCAUUUUUUAUGGUAAGACCAUCCCGAAGAGCUUUGCUAUAUGGACGGGCAUAACUAAGAUGAAGAAAAUGAGACUGGUAAAUGAAAAAGGCAACAAGUGGAAAUUAGUGGACAUAGUGCAUACUCGGCAAAGGGUUUACAUGAAAAGAGGAUGGGCUGAAUUUCGAACUCUUAACAAAAUAGGCAACGGUCAGACUUGUCGAUUCAAGUUGAUUAAGGGAAAUUGUUGUGAGUAUAGUGUUUUACAGGUUCAGAAGAUCCACAAAUCCAAGUGCUUGAAAUAGUCUACAAUAUGUAUUUGUUUAUUACACUAAUGGUUUUUUUUUUCCACUUUGUUAUGAAGAUGGAACUAGAACUACGACUUGGGCAUCUUUAAUUUGUUUUGUAUGUUUAAUAUAACUUGAUUUACCCUAGCCAAACUGAA